AUAACGCUCACUCCCAAAACCUGCCAAUACACUACAUUGUUUUGUUUUUUAUUAUCUAUUAUUCUGUUUUAUAUUACGUGAAGUGAAUAGAUAACUAUACCUAGAUUAUUUGUGUAAAAAGCUCCAAGACAUUCGAAAAUAUUUAAAGAACUACAUUUAUAAACUAUCAAGUUUAUAAUGAUGGUAGGUAAUAGAAGAGAUAGGUCACGCUCCCCAACAAGAGUGGACACAGUUGGGCGUCGCAGAGACAGUAAAAAUCACGAUGGCAACAAACAGUCUGUAGAUAAUAACAUGGCUAACGCAAACGUCAUUAACCCCAUGAUGAUGCAAAACAUGUACCAACAAGGAAAUAUGAUGAUGGGCGGAAUGUAUCCAAACAUGAUGAUGGGAAAUAUGAUGGGAGGAGGCAUAAUGCCAACUACUGGAAUGGAAAUGAUGCCUAGUUCCAUGGGGACAGGUAUGUCCACAGGUAUGGCGCCUAGUAUGGGAGCGAACAUGGGGUCAGGUAUGGAUAUGAUGCAACAGACUCCAAUGGAAAUGGGUUCUAUUGCGGCGCCUAUACCAGCACCUCCUUUACCGCCUGGGCCAACUCCUAUUGACAUGGGUAUGAUGGGGGGAAUGAUGAUGGAUCCAUCUAUGAUAAAUAUGUAUCCUAAUAUGGGUGGUGAUAUGACACCUAUGCAGGAGAAAAAGGAGAUUAUUUUGAAGCAUUGCAAGCUCACACCCCCUGCUGUUGGGUCUGCACCGCCACCAAGGCGUGCUAGGCCUCCUGGUUGCCGCACAAUAUUUGUUGGCGGAUUACCUGAAAAGAUUAGGGAGAGUACUGUUAGAGAUAUAUUUGAACCUUACGGAAGAAUUCAUACAUUAAGAUUGUCAAAAAAAGAUUUUUGUCACAUAAGAUUUGAUAGAGAAAGUUCAGUGGAUGCUGCCAUGCAAUUGUCUGGGUAUCGCCUCAAACUGAUUAGUAAGGAUGACAAGGAGGAAGAAGAGGACACUAAAGCAACCACAGGAUGGCUUCAUGUUGAUUAUGCAUUGAGUCGAGAUGACCAGAACGAGUACGAGCGUAAGCAGCGCCAGGUGAUGCGCCAACAACAGGUUCAGAUGCAGCAGUUGGCUCAACAGGAAAUGGCGAGAAGCAGUUUAGGAGGAGGCCUCGGGGGGAACUAUAGGCGAUCCCCGUCACCUGUCCGCAUUCAACCAUUCUCAAAUGCAGCUAUAGUACAACUCAAUGAGAAGAUUAAAAGCGAAGAGCAUUUUGCUAGCACCAUUCCUACUUUGAUUUCCUGGCUGGAACGAGGAGAAUGUUCUAAGAAAAAUGCCAAUCAGUUUUAUUCCAUGAUACAAGCAACAAAUUCACACAUUCGCCGGUUGUUCAAUGAGAAAAUGCAGGCCGAAGACGAAUUACAAGAAUGCAGAGAAAGGGUUAAAAAUCACAUUGAAAGGGUUAUAGACCAACUCGAGCAGGUGGCGAAGGUUUUCUCAGCGGCAGGCCAUCAACGCGUCUGGGAUCAUUUCACUAAGCCACAAAGAAAGAACAUCGAAACGUGGCAGAAAAUGACACAGGAGUUUAAUUCUCUGAAAGAGGAAUUUUUGGAAAAGUUCUUUAGCGAAGACAAUGAAUUCAACAAUGGGUUCAAUAACAAGAGCAACCAGGAAAUGGGAAGCAGUGAUGAAGUACAGCAGUUGAUGCGAGAAAAGGAGAGUCUUCAAUUCCAACUGGAAGCCUACAAGAAUGAAGUGGACGUUAUAAAAUCAGAUGCCAAGAAGGAGAUGGAAAAGUUCAAAGCACAGUUCAUUGCGCGUCAAGCUUUGCAAGGAGUUGUGGAAAAAAAUCCCCCAUUGCCUUCGCCGGUGGUGAAGCCCCCGCCGCCGCCGCCGCUGCCGGACGAUGUCGACUCCAAGGUGGUGCUGAAGGAAACCGUUGAGGCGGGCUGUGGAGAGGCUAAACUUAUCGGGAUCAUGUCGGCUUUCCUACAGGUUCAUCCCCAGGGCGCGAGCCUAGACUACGUAGUAUCCUACGUAAGAGCUCUAUUCCCGCACGUGACGCAAGCCACCAUACACCACGUGAUGCAGAAACAUCCAGACGUUUUCGAACGUUCCACAACCGGUGUUGGCGUCAAUAUCGAAAACCGCUGGUUCUUCUGCGCAUUCAAGAAGGAAGAGAAAUCCUAGCAUAGACGAAAGAAGUACAGAAUCAAACCGCUCAGCAUAUCGAUGACUUUCAUGAAAUAGUGCGUUACAGUGUAGUUAUCCUAUCGUGUUUUUAAUAUCAUUGUGAUAAUCAUCCUUUAGUAUCAUAAUAAAUUAAAUGUCAGUACUAUAUGCUUUAAUAUGUACCAUAUGCGCAAGCCUUUAUUGUGGGAUGUUUUUUAAAUGAAAAUAAGUUCAAAAUCCC